UAAUUUCAUUUUAGCUACGCAACUAAAAAACCUCCAUAUGCAUCGAUUGACUCGUUAUACACUCACCUAUCUCAACUCGUCCGAGUCACAACGAUUCUACUCAUUCAUCGGCGAUUCCCGCCUUCGCUUUUCAACCGUCAAAUAUCUCGCCGCUCCAUUCUCCGUCACAAACCCCGGCCACAAAUCCUUAUCAAUUGCCUCAAAUUCCAAAACUUUCUCUGCCGUACCCGGCCGCUUUACGCCGGCGGGAAUGGAUUCGGAUCGGCUUGCGGCGUCCGGAUUCGAGGAUUUUGUUCGAGUCGAUGGAGAAAUUGUUAAUUCUACAAAUUCAGAAGGUUCUGAUGAGAGCGUAGUGGAAGAACGAGGGGUUGAUGAGGUUUCGUCGGUGAAUGAAGAAGGUGAAGGUCAAAGUCAACCAUACGAAAGGAAGGUUUUGCCGGAGGAACUUUCGAGGAAUGUAAUGACACUCACUUGUGAAUCUUCUGCCGACGGAGGCAUUUGCGAUGUGUAUGUUGUUGGCACAGCUCACGUUUCUGCGGAAUCCUGCCAAGAAGUCGAAGCCGUGAUCAAUUUUUUGAAACCGCAGGUUGUUUUCUUGGAGUUAUGCUCGGGUCGUGUGGCUGUACUUACACCUCAUAAUUUAAAGGUACCAACUAUGGGGGAAAUGAUGGAUAUGUGGAAGAAAAAUCAAAAUCCAUUUGGGAUACUCUAUAGCUGGUUUCUUGCUAAGGUUGCUAACAAGCUUGAGGUUGUGCCUGGGGCUGAGUUCCGUGUGGCCUAUGAAGAAGCAAUGAAGUACGGCGGAAAGGUGAUACUUGGUGACCGUCCCGUACAAAUAACAUUGCGAAGAACAUGGGCAAAAAUGCCGCUUUGGCACAAAACAAAAUUUUUGUUCUCCUUGUUCUUCCAAGCAUUAUUCUUACCAAAUCCGGAAGAUCUCAACAAGAUGCUGAAGGAAAUGGAUGAUGUCGACAUGCUGACUCUUGUAAUUCAGGAAAUGAGCAAGCACUUCCCCACUCUUUGGACUACCCUAGUUCAUGAGCGAGAUCUGUACAUGUCAUCGACAUUACUAAGAGUUGCUGGUGAACACAACUCUGUUGUAGCAGUCGUAGGGAAGGGUCACCUGCCAGGAAUCAAGAAGAACUGGAAACAACCCAUUGAGGUUAAGGAACUACUCACAAUUCCUUCACAGAAACCUGCCAUCUCUGUCACAAGAAUCUUGUCAAUGUUCGGAGUUGCAGUCGCAGGAGUGGCCAUAAUAUCUGGCAUUUAUACUUCAAGCAAGAAAUAAAAUCAGUGGUUUCAGAUCGAAGUGUCUCUAAUUUCAUGUAUUUUAUAGAGGUCAUACAAGUUUGAUACGCUUAGGUGCUGAGGUCAUAGAUUCAUCUCUUAUCUGUCCUGCUGCUGGAAAUGGAAAAUUAUUGUUUUUGAAAAAUUUCCUGGGGAGAGGAUGGUAAGUCAAAUUUGACUUUGAGAAAGAUUCCUCAAAUUCUUGAACAGCAACAGGAAUAUUGAUGCUAAAAUUUGCCCGCUUUUCAUCUCUCUCUAA